AUGAAGUUGCAAGAAAGGCAGAACUGGACGCGUUAUCUGCACCCUUACAACAAAACGACUUGUCGGAGUUCUAUUCGCGCCGGAUUCGACCUUGAAAUUGCAGCGUUCCUUGAUGAACCUCACCAGGACGGCGAUGAGGAGUACGAAGAAGAAGACCCUAUUGCUUUACUUUUCUCUGGCGAAGAGGGUUAUGGUAGAUAUCUGGACCUCUACGCGAAUCACACCGCAUACAACAACCUGAAAAACAUCGGGAAGCGUCCUGGGUAUCUACAAUACCUGGACCUUUUACUUGCUGCACAGCUUGGUCCAGUCCACUCUGAAUUACCGAAAGAAACGCGUCAUACAAAGGAUUACGAGACUUACCUGAAAAAUCUGCAUGGCUACCUCCUAUCGUUCACAAAGAAGACUCAGCCGAUUGUGGACAUCGAUGCGCGACAACGAGAAGUUGCCCUCGAUUUUGAGAGGAAAUGGGACGCGAAAGAGAUACCCGGGUGGGAGGACCCUUCAGAAUCGAAGUCUCAAGAAAAUGGUAACAACGGCGGUUUAUGGUGUGGGGCUUGCCAGAGGCAUUAUGCAAAGCAGACGGUCUACGAUGCGCAUCUCACCUCAAAAAGGCACAUCAAAGCCGUUGCGAAGCAAGCGACGUCUGGUGAACCCGCGGCAAACCCUAACGGUGUUGCACCCCAGGAACCUGUGCACAACACGACCACCCAAUCCUCUCAAAAAAUUCGCAUCCGAAACUCGGCUUAUCUCACGCACCUGGCCACCGAUCUCCUGGUAUCUCUGGCGGCAACAUUGAAUGAGACCAAGUCAAACGUGGAGCGCCGAUUCUCGCUAACCGCGAGAGAGCGUGAACAAGAGCUAUUAGAUCAAUCCAAUCCAGUCCCUCCGCCGGCCACCUCAGCUGCGGAAGGCGGUGGCGAAGAGGAGGAAGAGGAAGAGAGAAUUUAUAAUCCUCUAAAGCUCCCUCUCGGUUGGGACGGCAAACCAAUUCCUUAUUGGCUGUAUAAGCUUCACGGUCUUGGGGUUGAAUACCGUUGUGAAAUCUGCUCCGAUCAUGUAUAUAUGGGAAGAAAAAAUUUCGAUCGACAUUUCCAAGAAUCUCGUCAUGCCUUCGGUAUGAGGGCUCUCGGUCUCCCGAACACCAAACAUUUUCACGAGAUUACUCGUAUUGAGGAUGCUCUUGCUUUGGCGGAGAAAUUGAAGCAAGAAGGACGGCACGAGAUAUUCGAGCAAGAAACGAUGGAGGAACUUGAAGACGACGACGGAAACGUAUAUAACCGCAAGACCUACGACGACCUCAAGAAGCAGGGGCUCAUUUGA